AUGCCGAGCAGGGAGAGCGGUAGCGUCGACCCAGCACUCGAUCUCGCCGGCCCGUCAGCCCGGCGAAACGAGGCCUCCGAAGACAAGACGAACAGCGCCCCCGACCACAGCAAGGACCAGGCAGCUCCCUCUUCCCCCGCGUCGACCAACAGCGGGGGGUGGUGGGGCGGCUACGAGACGCCCCUCGGGAGCAACGAACGGAGCGGCAGCAGCAUCGGCGGUGGCAGCACCGGCGGCUACGCUAGCCCAUUCGACGCGGGCGAGCGGGAGGCGGAGGGAGGUCCUCCAUCCCCUUCGACGGACGACGGUGAGGCCUGGGGCGGCUACUUCCCCCCUGACAGAAGCACGGAGAGCUACGCGUGCGACGACGACAUCGAAGGAACAACGGACGCAGACGGUGCCCAAGGCGCGCGAGGCGAGGUGUCCGCGCAGCUGCCCCGCCGGACGUUUGCGACGGUCGAGGUGGUCGAGCUUCCGGCGGAAUUGCAGAUUCCUACGCAAGUCGACGACGUGAAUCAAGCAUCACCUCGGACACCCCUUCCAUCAUCCGCUCCCGUCUUCACGCCGCGGACACCGCUUCGGUCGUCCGCCGCCGUCUUCACGCCGCCAGCAUCGCUUCGGGCAUGUGCUCCGAUCUUCACGCCGCGAACACCACUUCGAGCAUGUGCUCCCGUCUUCACGCCACGGACAACCCUCCGAGCAUUGGCUCCGGUCUUCACGCCCGGAAACAGCCUGCCGAGCCAUCACAGUGACAGCGGCCACAAGCAUGGCAACGAACGGGGGUUGGCGAUGUACGGUGGGGACGGCGGUCGGUUCGGGUUCAUCACCGAGCUUGCCAGUGCGGGCGGGCGAAUGUCCACCUUUGGGCGCCGGCUGGGGCAGGGAGGGUGUGCCGUGGUGACCAGGCUCGACAUGCUCGACGCCGAGCACCAGACCCGUGUAGAUGAAUAUACGAGAGGCGCGGGGCUCGUGGUGAAGAUUGUCCCCAUGGACGGCGGUCGUGCCAUGGAGAUGGCGAUGGAGAGGGAGAUUCGAGUGGUGAACAUGAUCCCUUCGCGAUGCCACGUGAACGUCAUGGACAUCGUGUCCACGAGCAUGGAGAACCUGUGCAUGGUCAUGCCGGCCGCAUUCUGCGACGUUCAGCACCUGCUCGAGGACAAGGCGGUGCUGGAGAUGAUGUCAUUCGCCGAGAGGAUGAUGAUGGUGGCAGGGGCGGCUCGCGGCUUGGACUACCUCCACUCUGCACUGGGCCUGACUCACGGUGACAUCAAGCCGGAAAACUGCCUCUUGACGAAGGGACUGGUCAUCAAGCUCGCCGACUUCGGGCUGAGCGGCAAGUCUUUGGCCAGCUCGAGCGGAGAGCCCCUCUGUGGGCUCACCAAGCAGUAUGCCGCACCGGAGGCCGUGGCGGUGUUCAUGCGCCGAGAGAUUCCUCAGAGGGCGGUGCUGCAGCCCUCCCUCGACACCUUCUCGUUGGGAGUGAUGAUGCUUCAGGUCCUCUUCGUCGAGGAGGGGUCGCGGUUCAGUGGCAAGGCGAGAGAAACGGCGGGCGUGCUCGUCGAAUAUUGUUGCUCUGCCAGCUCUGACCGCCCUACACCACGAAGUUUUGCUGUACAUUCGCUGGUGGAGAGAUUGUGCUUCGACCUUUUCAUCUCCACGUUUCCGACCCUCUUCCACCGUCUCUUUUUCCAGGCUCUGGCUACACAUGGCUUCACCCCCAAGCACCCGAGUUUCCACUCAGCCGUCCAGAACGCUGCCUACCUGAAGCAGAAGUUCGAAGGAACGGGAACCGGUAUCGACAAGAAGCGGUUCGAGGAUGCUUACACCGUCGUGCUCGACCUGCACGUGAACUACGCAGGUCAGCCCGCCAAGAUGGGAGACCUCCGCAGCACCAUCCUGAACCCGAGCAAGUGGAACCAGUCGGGGGAGCUGCUCUUCCAGGAAGAGGUUACACAAGCGCUCCUGUCGAUUCUCAACGCGAACCCACUUCGACGCCCGAGCCUCGACACCGUGUCCCGACUCUUGGAAUGCCCGCUCCUGUGGUCGCCUCUGGUGCAACGCGGCGGCGAGGACGGUGCAAGAAACCGCGACGGCAACCAUGUUUUCCGUCCCCGCCUGCCCCAAGACGUGCGGGAAAUGAUCGAUACGACUAUCCGCGAUGGCCUUUUGGUGGACCCGGCACUCAACACACCCAGAGGGGUAUGGUGGGAGGCGCCGGAGUUCUUGUCGCCGUGGUGGAAGCGACCUCCGAUAAUUAUGUGCAUCGAGCCAUGAGCGAGACAUUGGGCGGCCCUGACCGAAUGUUAACGAUAAGGACUCCGUUUUGGUCGUAGAUGGUUGUUGCGGUUGGAGGUGCCAUGGUAUGCCGGCAGGUUGCGUUGGGCGGUGGUGGAUGUACUCAUCGAGACGCCGGGUUGGGUUGUUUUACGUUUAGUCAAAUGUGCGUUGAGGUCGUGUUGUGGUGUGGUGUGUCCAGCCCUGGAAGAUUGUUUUCCCUGCACCUACAACGUGUGACGAUUGGAUCCGAAUAGUGUCUUACGGGCCAGAGUGUUGUGGGAGUCCCUUGCUGCGAACCUUAGGCGC